AAGAGCAGAGUCUUGACUGGAAGGAAGCUUGUAGCGGGCCAGAGGUGGCGAGGCAGCCGUGGAAGGAGGACUGCGCGCGCGUCCGUCUCCCCGCCAAGAAACGGUGGCGUGCGUGAGAUUAAGGGGGGAAAAUCGUACACAAGCCACGGAGUUCCUCAAGGGAACAGUGCGAGCCUUCUCCGUUUGUCCAUUGAGUGACCAGUGAAGUGAAGGUUCUGUGUUGGCUGGCUAGUUAGCUCAAGGGGCGGAGUGUACGUGUGCGUGUGUGUGCGAGUGUACGUACGUGUGUGUGCGUCGAGGCCCUGGAGGCGUGGGUAUUGCUGCUGGAAAGAAAUACCCCACUAUUGCCAAGGUGUUGAGAAGCUCGGGUUUGUGUUGCGAGGGUAGGUAGGUUGGCCCCUGCUUGCCCCGCCCCGCCCCGCUCAACACUCCUGCCCCUGGAAAGUGUAAAAGUGUUGCGAAGUGAUUGUGUUGCUCCCAAGGAUUAUCUGCUGCCAGGCCACCACGGCGGGAGGUGGCACCAUGGGCCCCGCCGCGGCGAGAUGAGUGCGUGGCCAGCCCGGCCCGCCCGGCCAGCUCCCACGGCCGUGGCGGCCCCGAGGCUCCCCAGGCUCCCCUGCUGGAAGCAUGAGCCCCGCGCCGCUGCAGGGCCCCGCCGAGGCCGUCGUCCAGCCUUUCCGACACUCCAAGAUGCAAGAUGCGUCGGGCGGGCGCCUGAGAUGGCCUCAUGGCGACGACAAACUCUGACGUGUAUCAUAAGAAGACUUACAGUGCCAUAUAUAGAGUUUUCAGAGCUGUAUAGAAAGAUUUAUCAAAAUAUAUAAAUAUAUGAAUGUGUGUAAACGUGAACGAAGCGGGAUGGCGCGCGUGAUAGAGGCUGCCUACCUCCUGCUGACGCUGGGCGCCGCCCUCGCCCCGGGCUGGGCCGACAAGCCCACCGACUUCCACAAGGGCAAAAUUUGCAUCGGUACCACAGGGCGCAUGUCUGUGCCCUCCAACAGAGAUCACCACUAUCGUAACCUUCGGAAUCGGUUCAUCAACUGUACUUACGUGGACGGCAACCUGGAGCUGACGUGGCUGCAGGAUGAGAACCUGGACCUCUCCUUCCUGCAGUACAUCCGUGAGGUGACAGGUUACGUACUCAUCUCUCACGUGGACGUCAAGAGAAUAGUACUGCCGUCCCUUCAGAUCAUCCGGGGGCGAACUCUCUUCAAAGUCUCCGUGAACGACAAGAGUUUCGCCCUCCUUGUGACUCUCUCCAAGAUGCACACGCUGGAGAUGCCUUCGCUGAGAGACAUCCUUCACGGCAGCGUGGGCGUCAUCAACAACUACAAUUUGUGCCACAUUGAGACCAUCGAGUGGAACGAAAUCAUGACGGACCCUCUGGCGAAUUACACUUACAUGUACAAUUUCUCGGAGCCCCAGCGGACGUGCCAGUGUCAUACCUCGUGCCAGAAGGGAUGCUGGGGCGCCGGGGAGCACAACUGUCAGAAGUUCAGCAAAUUAACGUGCCCGCCGCAGUGUGCUCAGGGGCGCUGCUACGAUACAGGGCCGCGGGAUUGCUGUCAUCUCUUCUGCGCGGGAGGAUGCACGGGCCCCACGCAGCGAGACUGUUUGGCAUGCAGGAACUUCUAUGAUGAUGGGGAGUGCAAGCUGGAGUGCCCCCUGAUGCAGCGCUACAACCCCAUCACCUAUUCCUGGGAGGCCAACCCCAAGGGGAAGUAUGCAUACGGUGCAACAUGUGUUAAGGACUGCCCUGAGCACCUGCUGAAGGACAAUGGGGCAUGUGUGCGGUCUUGCCCCAAGGGGAAGAAGGCAGUGGACGGGGAGUGUGUGCCCUGCAACGGCCCGUGCCCCAAGACCUGCCCUGGGCCAGAAGUCAUCCACUCUGGCAACAUUGAUGACUUCAAGGGCUGCACCAUCCUGGAUGGCUGGCUCACCAUCAUGGACCACUCCUUUGACGGCUACCAGCAUGUCUACCCCAACUACACCUUCGGGGCCAAGUACUCCCGCAUGCACCCGUCCAAGCUGGAAAUGCUCAGCACCCUCAAGGAGGUCACAGCUUACAUCAACAUCCAGGCCAACCAUCCUGACUUCACCAACCUCAACUUCCUGAGGAACCUGGAGUACAUCGGUGGCCGGGAGACCAUGGAGUUUUCGUCGCUGUACAUCAUCAAGACCUCCCUCAAGAGCCUCAACCUGCGCUCCCUCAAGAGGAUUCGCUCUGGGAAAGUUUACAUCCUAGAGAACAAAGAUCUCUGUUUCGUGGACAAGAUUAAUUGGAAGAAAUUCAUUGACACGGAUGACAACUCCAAGACAAGCCCCAUGACGCUGCUGGAGAACAAUGCCAACAGUGAACAGUGUGUGGCAGAGAGGCUGGUGUGCCACACUGAGUGCAGCGACGAGGGCUGCUGGGGCCCAGGAGACAAUGAGUGCCUCUCCUGCAGGAACUUCAAGCUUGGCAAUCGCUGCACCAACAACUGCAACUUGGCGGGGACCUACCAGAUGGGCCCUAAGACCUGCGGCUUCUGUCACAAGGAGUGCGCCUCCUCCUGUCAGGGCCCGGAGUCACGGCACUGUGACCGCUGCAAGAACGUGAAGGAUGGCCCCUACUGCCUGGACAAGUGCCCUGACACCAAGUACAAUGACAAUGGGGAGUGCAAGUCUUGUCACGAGAACUGCAUUAAGGGGUGCCGAGGGCCAAAGAACACCUUGGGGCCACAGGGGUGUAACACCUGUGCCAUGGCAGUAAUUGAUGAGGACCUGAGGGUGAAGCAUUGCCUGCCAGAGAAUUCCACCUGCCCCACCGGCUACUUCUCGGAGUGGGUGGUACAGCAGGAGACUGGCGACCUGAGUCUGCUGGCUGGCAAGACCAUCUGCCGCCGUUGCCACCCACGCUGCAAGAACUGCACCUCCUAUGGCUUCCACAUUAGUGUGUGCCACGAGUGUGUUCGCUACCGCCGAGGGGAGCACUGCGAGGACGAGUGCCCGCAGGACCACUACGCUGAUGACAAGCUGCACGAAUGCUUCAAGUGUUCCUCAGAGUGCUCUAAUGGCUGCUCUGGCCCUCUGGAGUCUCAGUGCAAGACUUGCCGUAACUACAGGAUCUAUGUGGAGGGAAAACCCGGCAUGAACAACACCAAGUUCAACUGCACCGCCACAUGUCCCAAUGAGCUACCUUACAAGAUUUUCCCUGAGGAUGCCUCAGAUCCGUACUGUGGCAAGGACCCCUUCCCCCUCUCUCUAGAUGAUGAGAGUGUGCCAGCCAUCCUGGGCGGCACGCUGGGCUGUGUCUUCCUGCUGUGCACCUUCCUGGCCGUCUUCUGUUACCUGUGGUGGCAACGCAACAAGACCAAGGCAGCAGCUCUCAAAAUGACCAUGACCAUGAUGCCAUACGAUGACCACGAGCCACUCAAGCCCACCAACAUCAAGCCCAAUCUAGCCAAGCUGCGUAUUGUCAAGGAGGCUGAGUUGCGAAAGGGUGGCAUCCUGGGCUAUGGUGCCUUUGGGACGGUGUACAAGGGGGUGUGGGUGCCGGAGGGGGAGAACGUUAAGAUUCCUGUGGCCAUCAAGGUCCUCCGGGAAGGCACAGGAACUAACGUGAACAAGGAGAUCCUAGAGGAGGCAUACAUCAUGGCCUCAGUGGACCACCCCAACCUGCUGCAGCUGCUGGCAGUGUGCAUGACAACCCAGAUCAUGCUGGUGACACAACUCAUGCCCCUUGGCUGCCUCCUCGACUACGUGCGCAACAACAAGGACAAGAUCGGAUCAAAGCCUCUGCUGAACUGGUGCACGCAGAUCGCCCGAGGAAUGGCUUACUUGGAGGGCCGACGGCUCGUGCACAGGGACCUGGCUGCUCGUAAUGUCCUUGUCCAGACUCCCAACUGUGUCAAGAUCACUGACUUUGGGUUAGCCAAGCUGCUCGACUACAACGAGGAGGAGUACAAGGCUGCUGGGGGGAAGAUGCCCAUUAAGUGGCUUGCCUUGGAGUGUAUUCAGCACAGGAUCUUCACCCACAAGUCUGACGUUUGGGCCUUUGGUGUCACUGUGUGGGAGCUGCUGACAUAUGGUGGCCGGCCAUAUGAGGACAUUCCAGCACGUGAGGUGCCAGACUUGCUGGAGAAGGGGGAGCGUCUACCUCAGCCAGCCAUCUGCACCAUCGAUGUGUACAUGCUGAUGAUACGCUGCUGGAUGCUGGACGCUGAGAGCCGGCCAAGUUUCAGGGAGCUGGCAGAGGAGUUUGCUAAGAUGGCGCGAGACCCUGGCCGCUUCCUGGUGAUCCCUGGUGACAAGCUGAUGCGGCUGCCUUCCUACACACCCCAGGAUGAAAGGGAGUUGAUCCGGUCGCUGUCCUCAGCCAUUGAAGGAGAUGGUGUGGUGAUGGCAGCCGAGGAGUACCUGCAGCCUAAGUAUGGCGGCGUUUUAGGCGUUAGUGGCACCACCACCACCACCACCUCCUCCACAUCCACCUCAGACCCCACUACCCCUGUCAAGAAGACUCCAGAGGGCUACAACAUGGCUGCUGGGGCUGAGUAUAUAUCUGGGCGUGCCGAGUCGCCUCAGAAUCGGCAGAACCUUCAGAGGGAGAGGAAGUAUGCGCACCUAGAGGCAGGGGCUACGGGGUCUCCUGGUAAGAGGCCACGUGGGGACUCGCUCACCUCCCGCUACUGCUCUGACCCUCUCAAGAUGCUAGGUAAAGAUGUGGGUGAGGAUGACUGCUUUGUUGGUCCACCACCCUCAGCUCCUGGCUACGGGUGGGUAGGCGACCUGAGGCUGGAUCUCCCUGUGGACGAGGAUGAUUAUCUCAUGCCAUCGCCGCAGCCCUCAGGCCUGGCCACUGUGGGGCCAUCACACCAGCACUACAUGGACCUGAUGGCUGAUGCUCCAGAUGGGCGGCGAGGUGAACCAAGCCGGGGAGGUAGCAAGGGGCCUAGCAACAAUGGCGUGGCAGGUCAGCAGUGGGUGGGCAUGGACAACCCAGAGUACCACAUGAUGAACGCCCGUGCCCAGAUGUAUGCUGGCCGGCGCCUCCACCCACAGCAGACUGUGGGUGUGCCAGUGCUGGACGCAGCUGGGCGGUAUGGGGGCUAUGGCAACGGCCUCCCCCAGCCCCAGCACCUUCCCCCGGGCCAUUGCCUCCCCUCGCCCUCCCAGGAGAUGCCCCAUGAAUACUACAAUGAACUCUCGUCACACGUCCCAUGCGCUGCCGCCUCCAGUCGAAGUGAGACCACCGUGUGAGGCCCAGUGGUGCCCUAUGCCAUGUGUGUAUGUGUCUGUGUGAACGCUGCCACUCUGUGCCUUGCAGAAGUGCCUCAGGACAUUUGUUGAACUGCACUACUUUACUUGUUUUAAUGCCAGGAAUGGACUAAAGGCAGACCUGAGUGCUGGGACAUAGGGAGUACAUUAGGGGCCAGUGCAGUGUUCAGUGAUGUAUUGGUGACCCAGCUCCCCAGCAUUGUGGUGAACAAGCA